UGUAUCGAAGGAAUCAACAGCCGCCAUCUUGUCGUGGCUCGGAAUUAGGAUUUCGGUCCAACACUGGUUUUUACGUAGAAAUCGAGCAUUAUUUCUGCGAUACGAGGGCGCCAUUCCCCCGAAAACGAAACCCUAACGUCGCCCCGGAGUCGUUUGGCGAGAAAAAACGGGAACUGGAUCGUCGGUCGUCGGGCAGAAAAGCUCCGUAUAUGUGAUUUCCCCUUCGGAGUGCGGCGAUUCAGCCCCUGUCGCCGUCCGGCAGCAGUAUUGUUUACCGCGGGCGAGCGGGGACGACGUCGUGACUUUCGAAGUGAUCUGCACAAAUACGACAUUGUUAUGCAAUUGUGCAUUUUUGCGGCGCUUCGCGCGAUUUUUGCAUGAAGAAAUUUGACGUCACGCAAAAUGGUUACUUCGAACAUGUAGGAAUCAGGACUUUCGCCGCGGAGCGCAGGGGUCCACCAGAUGUCAUUGGAUUUGUCGUUCUGAAGUUGUCGUUUUACAUGGGGGACAUUUUAUUCUGCGUUAUUUAACGACAAUGAUGUGGCUGUCGGGUGUUGGAUUAUCAUGGGGUGAAUGGCGGUGGCGAAGCGGGGCGCUAUUGCAUCUCUUUUGAAAGCCGCCGACUCUCGCAGCGCGGAGGAGCUAACGCUAACGGUCAACUUAGCUGCUAGCAGGCAAUUAGCUAGCUGUUAGCCGGUUAGUUAGCGCGAGCGGGCUCCCAGCUCGCUAAUGUGCUAACCGGGGAGGCGCGGGUCGAGAGAGCAACUUCCCUGUCACCAGGUAACCACACGCGCGCGCGCGUCGGCUCCGACAAGCAGCCGGGACACGGUGACGACCAUGGCCGAGAACCUGCUGGACGUUGGACCUCCCAACUCCAAGCGGCCGAAGCUGAGUUCACCUGCCCUGUCGGCGACUGAUGGACAAGAUCUGGGAUCACUGCCCUGGGAUGAUUUAGAGAAUGACCUCCCAGAUGAGUUGAUCCCUAAUGGUGGAGAUCUAAGCCUGAUGGGUGGGAUGCCUUCAAACGGUGGAGCAGCACCUGGAGCUGGUGGGCCAGGUGGCGCCCCUGCAGGCCUUGGUGGUGGUGGCGCCACUGUCGUCCCUGAUGCAGCUGCUAAGCAUAAGCAGCUCUCAGAGCUCCUUCGAGCCGGUAGCACCUCCAGUAUUACAUCUGCAGGGCUGAACUCAGCUAGCCCUCAACAAGGCGGUAUGGGGCCUCAGCUGGGAACACUACUGGGUAAGAGCCCCCUUGGCCAAGGCUCCCCAAACAACCACCCAUCCCCCCAGGCCCAAAAAGCAGGAACACCAACUGGAAUAGCAGGAAAGAACAACAACAAUACUGCAACAAUGGGCUUGAACACAGCAGGCUUCAACCAGGCCUUGAUUAACAAUAGCCAGGGACAUGCUGGGCUGCUGACCCAGGGAGGGAAGCCCCAACCUGGGCAGGUGAUGAACGGUGGUCUCGGACCUGGCGCUGGGAGAGGACGGGGAGCGGGAGUAGCAGGCAUGCAGUACCAGGGGGCGACAAUGCAGGGAGCCGCACCAGGACCAGGUGGAGCAGCUAGUGCUUUGGCAGAGACACUUGGCCAGGGAGGGCAGCAGAUGGGAGCUCAUGCCUCCCUCAGUGCAGCCCAACAAGCAGGCAACAUGAACAAGGAUCUUGAGAAUAUGACUGCCAAGCUGUGCUUAAUCAUCUGUCAGAGUGGCUCACAGAUGGGUCUGGCUAGCAAUGGGGGUCCUUUUGGCGCCCAGCCCUACGGUCAGGGUGCCGCAGGGCCGGGCCAGCAACUAAACUCUCAGCAGCAGCUCCAGAACAAGGCUGCUCUUGCCAACAGUCUGCCACCCUUCCCCAGUGAGCUCAAAGGGGCUGCUGUCACAAGCGUUCCAAACAUGCAGCUCCAGCAGCAGCCACCGCAGCAGGCGGCGAUGCUCCCCCUGGCUGGCAGCGGAGGUGUGGCAGUGCCUUCGGCAGGACCUACAGCUGACCCAGAGAAGCGCAAGCUGAUCCAGCAGCAGCUGGUCCUGCUGCUUCACGCUCACAAGUGCCAGCGACGGGAGCAGGCCAAUGGGGAGGUGAGGGCCUGCGCCCUGCCUCACUGCCGCACCAUGAAGAACGUCCUCAACCACAUGACGCACUGCCAGGCCGGCAAGUCCUGCCAGGUGGCUCACUGUGCGUCGUCCAGACAGAUCAUCUCCCACUGGAAAAAUUGCACACGACACGAUUGUCCCGUCUGCCUGCCGCUAAAGAACGCCAGUGACAAGCGCACACAGCAGCCUAUGCUGAGCUCUCCCAAUGCAGGCCUCCCGAACCCCAUGUCUUCAGUUGGUGUGGGCCAGCCCAGUGCUCCCACCAUCAAUACCUCAACCCCCAUAGACCCCAGCUCCAUGCAGAGAGCCUACGCGGCACUUGGGUUGCCUUACAGCAGCCAGGCCACUGGGCAGGCCCAGCAGGCAGUGGGGACAGCAGGGGCACCGAACGCACAGGCCCAGCAACAACAACAGCUUUCACAGCAGAUGAGACCCAUCAAUGCACUUGGUAACCAGAUGGCUCUCGGAGGUGCGGCAAUGGGUGUGACCACUUCAGAACAGACAAACCUGCACACCGACUCCCUUCCCAACACACUCAACACUAACAAUCAGCUGCUGUCAGAUGGGUCAGCAGUGGGUUCUAUGGGCAACCUACCCACAGCAGCACCUGUCCCUGCCACAGGCACCAGGAAAGCCUGGCAUGAGCACGUCACUCAGGACCUGCGCAAUCACCUCGUACACAAACUAGUACAAGCCAUAUUCCCUACCCCUGACCCGGCAGCUUUAAAGGACAGACGGAUGGAGAACCUGGUGGCCUACGCCAGAAAGGUGGAGGGAGACAUGUACGAGUCAGCUAACAGCCGGGAUGAGUACUAUCACUUUCUGGCUGAGAAAAUCUAUAAAAUCCAAAAGGAACUGGAGGAGAAGAGACGCUCAAGGCUACAGAAGCAAAUCAUCAACCAGGCACCAUUGGCCGCUCAGGGGACCCAGCAGCCUGUCCUCGCCCAGCCCAAUGCCUUGGGCCCAAGGCCACAGAAUGGACCUGUGCCUCUGCCAAACAUGCCAAAUCAGAUCAUGAAUCGCAUGCAGGUUUCACAAGGAAUGAACCAGUUCAACCACAUGGCACUGCCCAAUGCCCAGAUAUCCCAGGCAACGAUGGGAGCCCGGGCCGCUUCACCCAUGAACCAUCCACAGCAAAUGAACAUGAGCUCUGUCCCAGCGAUGGGCUUGUCUCCCUCCAGGAUGCCCCAGGCCCAGGGCAUGAUGGCUGGAAACGGGGGCGGCAACAUAGUUGGCCAGACGGCCAGCCAGGGACAGUUUCUGGCUCAGACCCAGUUCCCUCCAGGAUCUGCUGCAGUCACUGCAACAGGCGCCAUGAACGUCACCGUGGGCCCUGGUAUGGGUCAGGCACAGGCUGCUGUCACCCAGCAGCAGCAGCAGAACGCUAACCUUCCCAUGAAUGCACUUGGCCCCUCGCUGGGCCCUCAGCUAGCCUCCUCCCAAACCCCCUUGCACUCCACGCCUCCACCUGCUGCCUCCUCCGCCUCCACGGCUGGGGGGGGCACUAACCCGCCGCAUCCCCAACCCCCCAGCCGCAGCUCCACCCCCACCCUCCCUGGCCCUGCCCUAGCCCAGGGUUCCACCCCGCCCUGCCCCACCCAGCCCCAACCCCAGGCGGAACUCCCCACUGCAGCACAGACGCAGCCCCCGCCUCAGCCCCCCACUACGCCGCUGUCUCAGUCAGGAGCUAGUCUGGAUAACCGGGUGCCCACGCCAGCCUCAGCCGCCAGCGGUGACCUGCACUCGCAGCAUGUUGGAGCAGACCUACCUGUCCAGGAGAUCAAAGCAGAGACACACCACGAGCAACAGGAGUUUGAGGCCGCUGGCGGCAAAACUGAGACCAAGAUGGAGACCGAGGAUGACUCUGCAUCAACGUUGGUGAAGAAGGAAGAGCCAGAGGUAAAGCCUGAGCCGAUGGCGGUGGAAGAGAAAAAGGCGGAAAUUAAGACGGAACCCAAAGAAGAGGAAGAGGGUGGAGCCAACAGCACAACCUCCUCAUCACCCUCUCAGUCACGGAGGAAAAUCUUUAAGCCCGAGGAGUUGCGUCAGGCUCUGAUGCCGACUUUGGAGUCGCUCUACCGUCAGGACCCUGAGUCGCUUCCCUUCCGACAGCCAGUUGACCCAAUGCUUCUUGGUAUCCCGGAUUACUUUGACAUUGUUAAGAACCCGAUAGAUCUGUCCACAAUAAAGCGCAAACUGGACACGGGUCAAUACCAAGAGCCAUGGCAAUACGUCGACGAUGUUUGGUUGAUGUUCAACAACGCCUGGCUCUACAACCGCAAGACAUCCCGUGUUUACAAGUACUGCUCCAAGCUGGCGGAGGUGUUUGAGUCAGAGAUUGACCCUGUCAUGCAGGGGCUGGGCUAUUGCUGCGGGAGGAAGUAUGAGUUCUCUCCUCAAACUCUCUGUUGCUAUGGCAAGCAGCUCUGCACCAUACCUACUGGAGGAACAUACUACAGUUACCAGAACAGGUACCACUUCUGUGAGAAGUGCUUUAAUGAGAUACAGGGGGAGAGCGUGACGUUAGGAGAUGAUCCUGCACAGCCGCAAACGAUGAUAUCAAAAGACCAGUUUGAACGGAAGAAGAACGACGUUCUUGACCCUGAACCGUUUGUUGAAUGUAAAGAUUGCGGACGGAAAAUGCACCAGAUAUGCGCCCUACACUACGAAACAAUUUGGCCAUCUGGGUUCAUUUGUGAUAACUGUUUGAAGAAGAGUGGAAAAACACGGAAGGAAAACAAGUUCUCUGCAAAAAGGCUGCAGUCGACUCGAUUGGGAAUGUACAUAGAGGACCGUGUGAAUAAAUACUUGAAGAGACAGAACCACCCAGAGGCUGGAGAGGUUUUUGUGCGAGUGGUGGCAAGCUCCGAUAAAACGGUGGAGGUUAAACCAGGCAUGAAAGCCAGGUUUGUGGACACGAGUGAGAUGCCCGAGACCUUUCCCUACAGAACCAAAGCACUUUUCGCCUUUGAGGAGAUUGACGGUGUAGACGUUUGCUUCUUUGGCAUGCACGUACAGGAGUAUGGCUCUGAGUGCUCAUUGCCCAACACUAGACGGGUCUACAUAUCAUACCUUGACAGUAUUCAUUUCUUCAGACCUCGGAUUCUACGAACAGCAGUGUACCACGAGAUCCUCAUCGGCUAUCUUGAAUAUGUCAAGAAACUCGGGUACGCCCAGGGCCACAUCUGGGCAUGCCCUCCCAGUGAGGGAGACGAUUACAUCUUCCACUGCCAUCCUCCUGAUCAGAAGAUCCCCAAGCCUAAGAGGCUGCAGGAGUGGUACAGAAAGAUGCUGGAGAAAGCCUUUGCAGAGAGGAUCCUGCAUGACUACAAGGACAUCUUCAAACAGGCGACUGAGGACAGACUGACCAGCGCCAAUGAGCUGCCCUACUUUGAAGGUGACUUUUGGCCCAAUGUGCUGGAGGAGAGCAUCAAGGAGCUGGAGCAGGAGGAGGAGGAGAGGAAGAAGGAGGAGAACACGGCUGCCUCUGAAACUCCUGAGGGUACGCCAGGUGACAGCAAAAAUGCGAAGAAGAAGAACAACAAGAAGACCAAUAAAAACAAGAGCAGCGUGAGCCGUGCCAAUAAGAAGAAGCCUGGGAUGCCGAAUGUAGCUAAUGAUUUGUCCCAGAAGCUUUACGCCUCCAUGGAGAAGCACAAAGAGGUGUUCUUUGUCAUUCACCUCCACUCUGGUCCCAUGGCCAACACCCUCCCACCCAUCAUCGACCCCGACCCUUUGCUCUCCUGCGACCUGAUGGAUGGACGCGAUGCCUUCCUGACUCUGGCCAGAGACAAGCACUGGGAGUUCAGCUCCCUCAGGAGGUGCAAGUGGAGCACCAUGUGCAUGCUGGUUGAGUUGCACAACCAGGGACAGGACCGCUUUGUCUACACAUGCAAUGAGUGCAAGCACCAUGUAGAGACGCGCUGGCACUGCACCGUGUGUGAGGACUUUGAUCUUUGCAUCAAUUGUUAUAACUCGAAGGGCCAUGAGCACCAGAUGGUGAAGUGGGGCCUCGGCCUGGACGACGACAGCAACAGUCAGGGCGGAGAGGCCUCCAAGAGUCCACAAGAGAGUCGACGCCUCAGUAUCCAACGCUGCAUCCAGUCCCUGGUCCAUGCUUGUCAGUGUCGCAAUGCCAACUGCUCUCUGCCAUCCUGCCAGAAGAUGAAGCGAGUGGUGCAACACACCAAGGGCUGCAAGCGGAAAACCAAUGGCGGCUGCCCUGUAUGCAAGCAGCUCAUUGCUUUAUGCUGUUACCAUGCAAAGCACUGUCAGGAGAACAAGUGUCCUGUCCCGUUCUGCCUGAACAUCAAGCACAAGCUUCGCCAGCAGCAGCUGCAGCAGAGGCUCCAGCAGGCCCAGCUGAUGAGGAGGAGAAUGGCCACCAUGCAAGGAAGAACCAUGCCGCUGCCAUCCCCACCAGCCUCUGCUGCCCCUAGUACUCCCACUCCCCAGACACCCCAGCAGCCACUCUCCAACCAGCCGCAGACCCCCAACUCUGCAGGAGUCAUGUCCCCUUCUUUUCCCAAUGCACCACGCAAUGGCCAGCCUCAAGCACCAGUAUCCCAGGGCAAAUCUGGGCCCCAGGCCUCCCCUCUACACCAGCAGCAGUCCCCCCUCCCCCAGCCGCCGCAGCCACCUCAGCAACUACAGCAGCAGCCUCCCCUCGCUGCAGUCAAGAUGGCCCGGCACAUCGAGAUGAUGGCACAGGCCCAGCAGAACCAGCAGAACUACCGGGUCAACAUGAAUGGCUUGCCCAUGAACCCCCAGCAGCCACAGCAGCGCAUGACCGGACCAAUGCAGCAACCCAUGCAAAUGGUGCCAGGGCCUCGGGGACCACAGGUCAUGCAGACCGGCAUGGCUCCAGGACAGUGGCCUGGAGCAGCAGGGCCCAUGCAGGCAGCUCAGACUCCACAACCGGGCCUUGUUCAAGGCCAGACCCCACAGCAGGCCAUGACCAUGCAGAGAGCCAUGAUGCCUACAGGGCAACAACCUCAGCAGGGUCAGAGGAUGCUGAUACCACAACAACCUGGUGCCCGGCCACAGACACCACAGAGACCGGGUGCUAUUGCCCCCAAUGCCCUGCAGGACCUUCUACGCACCCUCAAGUCUCCGAGCUCACCUCAGCAGCAGCAGCAAGUUCUCAACAUCCUCAAAUCAAACCCUCAGCUAAUGGCUGCUUUCAUCAAACAGCGAACAGCCAAGUAUCAUGCCAACCAGCCACAGCAGCAAGCAGGUCAGCAACAACAGCCUGGCAUGCCAACAAUGCAGGCCAUAGCCAUGCCAGGAGGGGCAGUGCAGAGGCCGGGGAUGCCCCCGCAGCAGCCCCAGCAGCCUCCUGCCCAGGUCAUGGCAGCAUUAGGGGCUCAAGGGCAGCUGCUGAACACCAACCCCCAGAUCCAGGAGCUCUACCGUCGACAGCUCUUAAGACAGCAGCAACAGCAACAACAACAGCAACAGCAGGGAGUGAUGCCUCAGGGCCACCCCAGCCAGUUCCCUGCACAGACGCAGGGUACGGCUCCUACAUACUCCCAGAUCCGUAUGCAGCAGCAGCAGCAGCAGCAGCAGCAGAUAGCCAUGCAGACAGGCCCAGGAGCGGCUGGGGUACCUAUGGGCCAGCUCCCACCCAUGUCACAGAUGGCCCAGCCUGGCAUGGUGAUGGACUCCACCCAGAACUUGCUUCAACAGCGAAUGCUCCAGCAGCAACAGCAGCAGCAGCUUCCCCAGCAGCAGCAGGCCGUCCUCAAGCAGCAGAUGGGCUCCCCGGCCCAGCCCAGCCCAAUGAGCCCCCAGACGCAUCUGCUGGCCGGCCAGCCCCAGGGUGGAGCCCAUCUCCCUGGCCAGCCUACUCUAGCCAAUGCCCUAAGCAACCAGGUCCGUUCCCCUGUGCCCGUCCAGUCCCCCUGUCCACCUUCGCAACAGCAGUCACAGCCGCCACAUUCCAGUCCCUCACCGCAGGUCCAGCCCCAGCCGUCGCCACAGCACCCGCCUCCACCACAUUCGGGUUCCCCACACCCGGGCCUGGGGGGCCCGCUGCAAUCCAUGGAGCAGGGACACUUGGGGACACCAGAACAGAGUGCUAUGCUACCGCAGCUUAACACACCCACCAGAGGGGGGCUGAACACUGACUUGGGGAUGGUGGGAGAUGCUACAGGGGACACGCUGGAGAAGUUUGUGGAGGGAUUGUAGCAUUUCUGCUGGGAACUAAAGACCACAAUCUGGCUCCCGGGGACCCAUCCUCCCACUCCUCCUCUUCCUCCUCGCUUCCCCUCGGACUCUUUAUGCUGUUAGCUUUGUUCUUUCUAUGGCUGAGAGCGUUUUUUUGUACCGAGUAAAAAGUUUCAACUGUUGUAAAAAGAAAAUUUGGUCGAGAAAAAUGCAAAACAAAAAAAGUCAGAAUUGUUUCCUAAACCCAAGUGGAAGUAUAUUUCUUCCUUAAGAUGUUGAGGAAUUUGCAAGAUGCUUCUUAAAUGAAAAUUUAAUCACAAAGAAUAUAUUUUUUGGUUGAGACCAAAUGUGUUCAAUACAUUAUUUUUGGUUUGGUUUUGGUAUGUUUUAUGCCUUUCUUGUUUUUCUGAUUCUUUUUCUUUCCUUUUUUUUUUUUUUUUACAAAA